AUGUCCAAAUACCUCCUGGGCCUGGUAAACGAGUCGCUCCCAGGUAGCAGGGGCUCCCUGGAACUGGGGGGCCGGGGUGAAGAUUCUCCCAAGUCUAAAUCAAAGAAAAGGAAAAAAGAAAAACGCAACAAAAAGAAGAGGAAGAAAGAGAACAAGCUGAAGAAAAAGAAAGAGAAGAAAAAAAAGAGAGAGAAAUCAGGGCCUGUCCAGCUUUCCAAGUACCUUAAAGACAAAAAGAAGACCGAAAACUACAGUAUGAUAACAGGAAAAAAAAUUAAGAUGAAAAUAAAGAAGAGUAAAAAGGAUAAAGAGAGAGACCGAAACCGUGCUGAACUCCUCGAUUUCCUAAACUCUGCCUUGUAAUGGAAAGAGUGCCGAGCAAGGACUUGUAAAUCUCCCAAGCCAACCGGUCAUCCUGCCUAGCAAAACACAAAAGAAACUCAGGGAAAAGGGCACCAUUUGUGACAAGACCAGACUCUUGUGCUGUGAAGACAAUCAGUGUCCUUUACAACUGGCAAAAUGAAGAGUUACUGCUAACUUGUUUAUUAAUAUCCACAUCCUCCUUUUGAGAUCCUAAAGUAAUAGCCAAGUUGCAAUGUUGUAUGAGUGCUUUAAAUGUGUUGCUGAUGAUUAUCUGAAGUGAAAUGACAUUAUUGUACUUCAGCAUAUCAAAUACAUCCCAGAGCUGCAUGCAGAGCACACUCAUAAUUUUAAAUGUCUUUAAUGUUUGUGGUAGCUGAAACAUAGCAGAGUACUAGAAAAAAUAGGUGUUUCUGUAUAUAUCUUUCUUAGUAGUGAUUUUAUUUGUUCUAACGACCAUGAUGACUCUUCAUGAAUAGUACAUCUACAGAAAUGAAUAUCUUUUUUAACAAUCA